AUCAGGUGUUUCUUCUUAUUUAAUCAAUCAGGACUGCCUGGGCGCAGAAAAUCAAAGCUGCUUCAGAACAUUUCAUAGAGACUGAGAAGAAGAAGCGAGAGAAAGCUUACCAAGCUCGUUCCCUGAAAACCAGUGGCAUUGGCCGCCUGCUGGUCACUAUUUUGGAGGCCACAGAGCUCAAGCCCUGCAAGCCCAAUGGAAAGAGUAAUCCAUAUUGCGAGGUGACCAUGGGGGCACAGUGUUUCACCUCCCGGACAAUAAAUGACACAAUCAACCCCAAGUGGAACUUCAACUGUCAGUUCUUCAUUAAGGACCUGUACCAGGAUGUUCUAUGUGUCACCAUCUUCAAGAGGGACCAGUUCUCUCCCGAUGACUUCCUGGGCCGCACUGAAGUUCCUGUGGCCACCAUCAAGAAGGAGCUGGAAAACAAGGGAGCAGCGACAAGGCGCCUGCUGCUGCACGAGGUGGCGACAGGCGAGGUGUGGGUGCGCCUGGACCUGCAGCUGUUCGACCAAAAAUCUCUCAAAUGA